AUGAAUCUGGCCAGUUUCUCCUGCUUCUCGUGCAGCAUGUCACCGGCGGAGUCGCAGCCCACGAGCCCGGCAGCAGCAGCUGUGUCUCCGCAGGUAAGCUUGGACUCAGCGUCACUGAUCCAUCAUCAUCAUCACCUUCAUCAUCAUCAUCAUCAACCCGGACCUAAGGACGCUAUUCCUGUGAAACCUGAACCGCGAGAAGGCAGCCCCAGGGCAGAGCUGGAGGAAGUGGUGUCAGUGGGUCAUCCUACCGGCGGCCGGCGAAGAAAGAGGCCCGUGCAGCGCGGAAAACCUCCGUACAGCUACAUCGCACUCAUAGCUAUGGCUAUCGCCAACUCAGCGGAGAGGAAGCUCACGCUGGGGGGCAUUUACCGUUUCAUCACGGAACGCUUUCCGUUCUACCGCGAGAACUCGCGCAAGUGGCAGAACUCCAUCCGGCACAACCUGACGCUUAACGACUGCUUUGUAAAGAUCCCACGGGAGCCCGGAAGGCCUGGAAAGGGCAACUACUGGACGCUCGACCCCGCCGCUGAGGACAUGUUCGACAACGGCAGCUUUCUGCGCCGGAGGAAGCGCUUUAAGCGCUCGGACGUCAGCACAUAUCCGGCGUUCGCCCAGAGCACGGGCGGGUUCGCGUUCAGCCCGAGCCCCGCAGCCCGGCAGCCAUAUCCCAACGCCUUGUACCCGACCGUGACCUCGGGCUACAGCGGCUCUCCGUUACCCGGCUCUCCUCACGGAGCCAUGCUGCAUCCCUAUCAGCCGUCGGCGGGGGUCGCUCACGCUCAUCUUCAAGGACAAGGCCGGAUGUUCAGCAUCGACAAUAUCAUCUGUCAGCAGUCCAGCGGCACCGGGGCCGAACUUCAUGUUGGGCUCGGUUCCGGAGACCUGACCUCCAUGAGCGGGAGCUGCUCGGCAUUGCCCACCACUGACCCAACCAGCUUCCAGACUCAGUCUCUUAACCACACGAAUUUGCUGAACAGAAAUAGCGGCUCCAUGGUGACUGGUUUCUCAUCCUCAGCCUCUCCAACGCACCUGACCUCUGCAACGCCGCCUGGUUUCUCUCCCGGUGGCUACUGCACCGGAAACAGGACGUCGCGGCCCGGCUCGUGCGCAGAGCACACGGAACAGCUUCUGGGUCUCACGGGAACAAAUCUCAACUCGUACAACAACUCGUAUGUGCGACAAGCAAACUUUGCAUCCGGACUUGAGCGCUACAUGUAAUAUAGAAAUAUAUGUUUUUUAAAAGUUCCUGUAAAACUCGCUGUCUUUUUUAUGGCCAUUUUUCUAUAAUUGGAUGCUGGAAAUGUAAAAUUUGGGGCUUUUAACAUUAUAAGUAGCCUAAAUACUACUAAAGAGCACACGGUUUAUUUAAAAUGUGGAUAUAAUUAUAGCUUUAAAAAUAAUUUACAGAAUACAAUAAUAAAAGAAAAAGAAACACUAACUGUACUUUACAAAAUCUGUAGGGUUUCCCUUUAAGGCACCACCACAGCAAUGCGGAAAAGAGUUUGGUUGCUUUACAAAUAUGUUAUUAUCAGAAUCCUGUCUAAACUUUAUGAACUCAAAUCAUUAUGUUUACUGUUAAAAAAACCUAAAGAAAAAAAUAAAUCAAUUCUUGGUGUUGUGGCCAAAUCUAAUCAGAAAACCAUACAACACUGAGCAUAAGCUAGAAUGAGCGAGAUGUUUUAUAUGACCAGCGUAAAGUGUUUUAUUGCCUUGAAUUUAAUCUCUACACUUUUGUUUAAGCAUUAGCUAAUUUUUUGUGUGCUAAGCUAAUAAACUCAUGCUACGC